UUGUAAUUUUUUUUUUGUUAAAAUAAAUAAAUUUUAGUUUAGAAUGGAUUCUAGUCAUCAUGUGACGGUACCAUUACGUUAUGGUAUCAAGAAAAUGCGUAAACGUCGCGACUUGGAUGCUCUGCUGUCACAGGCCAAGGGUGGCGGUGGUAGUGGCGGCAGUGCCAGCGGUGGAGGCGCCUUGAGACGCGGUAAUAAUAGUCGAGGCGGAGCAUUAUAUUCCCAGGACAAAUUGUUGAACAAUGUUUCCACCGAUGACCAGGAGGAUUACAAUUGGCAGCCCAAAGUCAAACAACCCACACAUCAUUGUGGCCACAACAAACAAUUGAUAUUUCGUCUAUACGGCAUUCUAUUGUUCGUGAUAACCCUUUCGAUAUUUGUUGGCUUUACCUAUUGGCUAAAUUUCAAUUUGCAACAACAAAUCUAUGAAUAUAGACAAAAAGUUGAACAAGUCUCGGCAGCCAGUCAAAUCCUCCCCGACACCCUGCAAGCCUGGCAUGAAACCUCCAAAAAUUUAAUCACAAAUCAAACAUUGAUCUCCUCCAAAUUAGCGGAGCUACAGCAAUCGUUACAGGUGCUAUGGAAGAAUUUCAGUGAAUAUCGUACCUCACAGGAAGCACAAAAAACCUAUAAGGAAGAGAAAAUUGUGGCCGAUUUUGGUGCCAAAAUCGAGGCGAUUGCCACGGAUGUGGAGAGCAUGAAGGACCACUAUAAUAAUGUGAAGCGGCAACAGACGGACUUGCAAAAUGUUUUCGAGAAAUUGAAGUCCAACUUCAGUGAUGGCUUGAAGAACAUGGCUUUACCCGUUAACUACACCGAAGAGUUGAAAUCUCUGCGUACCGAUUUACAAACGAAAAUUGACAAAUUGGAAGCCAAUGCCAGUUUCAUCAAUGAUACCCUAACACAAAAGUCAAUUAUCAUGCAUGAGGAGUUGGUGAAACACAAGAACAAAUUGGAUGAAUUAUUUGAUCGCAGUGCCAAUAUAACAUCCCACGUAACAUCAUUGGAAAACACAUGGCCAGAAUACAAACAGAAAAUUAUUAAUUUGGGUCAAGAUGUACCGCGUUUGGAAAAGGAUAUCUCCCUCUUAUCGUUGGCCAGUCAAAAAAUGGAGCUAUCCUUUAAAAAUAUUUGCAAAGAAUGCCAGAAUUCAUAUAUUGAAGCCUUACAACAGCACAAUAUUGUUGAAGAAGAGAAGAAAGCUGUAGAAAAUAUCAAACCGUCUGAAACGAAAACGACAACGACCACUUUACGCCCCUCUAAUGUGUAGUGUGUUUAUUAUCAUAAAAUAAAAACAAAACAAAA